AGAGUUUUUUUUUUUCUGUCGAACAGAACAGAGAAAAAAAGGAAAAAACGAUUAUCCAAGUGAUUCCCAAUUCGUCUACGAUUCAAGUUUUCUUAAAUCCAAUAUGCAACAGUGAAAAGGUGAAAGAUCGGUUUCUUAAAGACCUACAACAGAUUGAUCGAAAAGAACGCCCCGAUUCACUUGUAGCGAGCUGUUGAUUCUUGGAUUCAGUUGAUCACUUGAAGUUGUUUGUUUUAAUCGAUAUCGUAGAGUUAGGGUUUGUUCUUAAUUAGCUAUAGUUAUCAAUUAAUUAAUAUAAAAGGGUCCCUAUCUGGUUAGGUUUUUUUUUUUUUUUUUUUAAAUUGUAGCACUUGGCUAAUUUAUAAUGGCCUGAGACAUACUGUACCAUUAAGGAAGAGAUUUAUUGUGGCGUUUUUUUUUAUUAUUUGUUUUCUUACUUGUUCUAUGCAAAACUAAGGGAGGAUUUAAGUGUUUGUUCAUACCAGACUCAACUUCUUUUGAGAAAAUUUUGUAUUUUUACAAGAUAUGAUGGGUACCCAAGGCUUUAACGGUCAGAAAAACGGCCAAAGAUUGGGCAUCACCGAGCCGAUAUCUUUGGGUGGACCAACCGAGUAUGAUGUAAUCAAGACUAAAGAACUUGAAGAGUUUUUGGCUGAGGCUGGAUUGUAUGAGAGUCAUGAAGAGGCCAUACGUAGGGAAGAGGUUUUGGGACGGCUCGACCAGAUUGUAAAAAUCUGGGUGAAAAAAGUAAGCCGGGCAAGGGGGUUGAAUGAACAGCUUGUACAAGAAGCAAAUGCCAAAAUUUUCACCUUUGGGUCCUAUCGUCUUGGGGUACAUGGACCUGGUGCAGAUAUUGAUACACUCUGUGUUGGACCAAGACAUGCAGAUCGAGAUGAGGAUUUCUUCGGUGAACUUAAAAGAAUGCUUUUGGAGAUGCCUGACGUAACAGAAUUGCAUCCUGUACCUGACGCUCAUGUUCCUGUGAUGAGAUUCAAGUUGAAUGGGGUUUCAAUAGAUCUUCUGUAUGCAAGACUCUCACUUUGGGUUAUACCUGAUGAUUUGGAUAUUUCUCAAGACUCGAUACUGCAAAAUGCAGAUGAUAAAACAGUUCGUAGUCUUAAUGGAUGUCGAGUUACUGACCAGAUCCUGUCAUUAGUGCCUAAUAUUCAGAAUUUUCGCACAACCUUAAGAUGCAUGAGGUUUUGGGCCAAACGACGGGGAGUUUAUUCAAAUGUUGCAGGAUUUCUAGGUGGCAUAAACUGGGCUUUGCUUGUUGCGCGCAUUUGCCAGCUGUACCCUAAUGCACUGCCGAAUAUGCUAGUUUCUCGGUUUUUUAGGGUGUACACUCAGUGGCGAUGGCCGAAUCCAGUAAUGCUGUGUGCUAUUGAGGAAGGAUCGCUUGGAUUGCAAAUUUGGGAUCCCAGAAAAAACCCCAAGGAUAAAUACCAUCUAAUGCCAAUUAUUACCCCAGCUUAUCCUAGCAUGAACUCUAGCUAUAAUGUCUCAUCAAGUACUUUACGAAUAAUGACUGAAGAGUUUAAGAGGGGUCAUAAUGUUUGUGAGGCUAUGGUGUUGAAUAAUGGUAGUUGGCUUGAACUGUUUGAGCCGUAUCGGUUUUUUGAAGCAUACAAGAAUUAUCUGCAGAUAGACAUAGUUGCAGUGUGUGAAGAGGAUAUGAUGAAUUGGAAAGGCUGGGUUGAAUCCCGUAUACGUUACCUUGUAUUGAAGAUCGAAAGAGACACAUUUAAAUUGCUGCUGUGCCACCCACAUCCAGGUGACUUUCCAGAUAAGUCAAACCCGUUUCACUGCAGUUACUUCUUAGGUCUUCAACGAAAAGAGGGUGUUUCUGUGAAUGAUGCCAAGAAAUUUGAUAUACGGUCGACAGUCGAUGAGUUUAAAGGUAACGUUGGUUCAUACACAGCAUGGAAACCCGGAAUGGGCAUAAGCGUAACUCAUAUAAAGCGUAGGGACAUUCCCGCUUUUGUUUUUCCUGGUGGUGUUCGACCUGCACGCCCUGCCAGAGCGAGUGUAGAGGAAAGGCGGAAUGCCCCAGACACAAGUGCUGCGAGCAGUCUGGAUGCAGGAACUUCGGUAGAUGUUAAUGUUGUUGACAGACCUGGACCUGGACCUGGACCUGGACCUGAUGAUGAUGAUACAAGGAAACGCCAACGAGAGGAUUACCAAGAGUUGCCCGCUCCCAAGCGCUUAUCCACUGAUGGUUUUAAUGUAGGUUUGCCUACUGAGGGUACUAAUGUCAAUGAUCAAGCAGGGACAUCAGGGGUCAAAACUGAAAACAAUGAAGAUAUCAUCAGUGGUCAAUUAGUUUCUGGAGAAACCGAGAAGCUGGCCACUGAUUCUGGUCAGUGUGAAUCCUUUCAGAGUUCCCGUCAGCAACUUGAGGAGCUUGAAGAACUUGACAUGGAAUUCUCAACCAUAAAACAAGUAGCAACUUCUGUGAAUGAGAGCUUAGAAGAACUUGAGGCCACUGAACUUGUUGUGCCCCUGCCGAGGGCUGCACAUGCUACAGCUGCUGCACAGAGAAAGCCAGUCAUCAGGUUCAAUUUUACCUCCCUGGCCAAGGCUACGGGCAACAGUAGUUGAAUUCUGCAUUGGUGAUCAUGUAAUGCUGCUUCCCGCACACAACGCUCCUUUGUUAGCCCGGCGUAUCGACUGAGUCCUUGUGCAACUCUUUGAUUAAAUGUUGAUCAACUCUUGUACUUGGCUUGCAGUGUCAUAGUGAGAUUACAAUGUGUGUUGGUAUCGCUAUUCGUCUUUUUUUUUU